AACCAUAUUGUGAAUUUUCUAUCUUGAUCAUUUCUGUGUUUUUAAAGGUUGUUAUACAUUAAGAUAAACUGAUUGACUUUUAAUUGACUGAAAAUGGCCGAGUUAAAGGAUUAUAAAAAAGUAAACGAAGCCGAGCCAGUGGAUCACGUAUCAGACCAAUCGUCAGAUGCGAAAGAAGACGAUACAGUUUACUUAAAACCAAAGAUCUCGCUACUUAACGGAGUAACUGUUAUUGUGGGUAGUAUUGUGGGGUCUGGUAUCUUUGUCAGCCCCAGAGGUGUUUUGGCGGGAUGUGGGAGUGUUGGACUAUCUCUUAUAGUAUGGUUACUAUGCGGGUUAUAUUCCAUGAUUGGGGCAUAUUGUUAUGCGGAACUCGGUACUAUGAUCACAAAAUCAGGAGCUGAUUACGCGUACUUGUAUGAAGCUUUUGGACCAUUUGUUGCGUUUCUCCGUCUAUGGAUAGAAUGUAUGAUUGUCAGACCAUGCUCCCAGGCCAUUGUAGCCCUCACAUUUGCUUAUUAUGUGAUAGAGCCCUUGUUUCCAACGUGUGACCAGCCAGAUAUAGCAGUUAGACUCUUGGCUGCUGUCUGUAUAUUGUUAUUGACAGCUGUAAACUGCGCCAGUGUGAAAUGGGCAACUCGGGUCCAAGAUGUGUUCACGUAUGCCAAAAUGUUGGCCCUGGCCCUCAUCAUCAUUACAGGCUUUGUCCAAUUGGGACGAGGUGAAUAUGAAUACUUUGUGGACCCUUUUGUAAACACGGAGACUAACAUUGGAAAAAUCAGUGUAGCUUUCUAUCAAGGGCUAUUUGCCUAUAAUGGAUGGAACUAUUUGAACUAUGUUAUAGAGGAACUAAAAGAUCCUUACAAAAACUUGCCCAGAGCCAUUUGGUGCUCCAUCAUCAUGGUAACUGUGGUUUAUGUUUUGGCCAAUAUAGCCUACUUUACAACAGUUACUCCCCCUGAAAUCCUAGGUGGUGCUGCAGUAGCAGUGAUGUUUUCAGAAAGACUUUAUGGCAUCAUGUGGUGGAUCAUGCCUGUCUUUGUGUCACUCUCCACUUUUGGAGGUGUGAAUGGUAUCCUCUUCACAUCUGCCAGGUUGUUUUUCGUUGGAGGACGUGAAGGACACAUGCCAAAAGUUCUGAGUUAUGUAUCUGUCAAACACCUAACGCCCAUGCCUGCUGUUCUCUUCAUGGGACUGUUCUCGUUAGUGUACCUCGUAUCAUCAGAUAUGGAGGCUCUUAUUAACUAUGUCAGCUUUGUCAACUGGAUGGCCAUUGGAUUGUCAGUUGCUACACUCCUGUAUUUCCGGAAAACCAGACCCAAUGCCAAUAGACCUAUCAAGGUAGCCUUGGUGUGGCCUAUAAUCUACUGCCUAGUUACCAUUAUGUUGGUUGUUAUACCAUUCACAACCAUUCCUACAGAAACAGGUAUAGGAUGUGCUAUCAUUGCCACUGGUAUUCCUGUAUAUAUUGUGUUUAUCUACUGGACUAACAAACCCAAGGACUUCAACAGAUUUAUAGAGAAAUGUGAAGUGUUGACACAGAAGUUAUUAAUAGUGAUACCAGAGGAGGAAAAACAAGCACAGGAUUGAUCUAUCGGGCAUCACUGACAAUUCAGAAGCUGCUGAUGGUAAUGCCAGAGGAGAGGAAAGAUGUAUAAACACACAACAUUAUACAGACAUCUUUAUUUCAUGUCCAGUGACAGAUAAUUGGUCUUUUAUUGUCACAUGACCUAUCACAUGACCUGUCACAUGACAUUCCUCAUCUUCCUGUAUUGUUAAUUUAUUUCCUCAUACAGCCUAGUACAGAUUCAGGACAUCACUAUGUGUUCCAGACAUGACAGAAUCUCAGUGUUUAACUUUUUUAUCAAUAUUUUUGAUAACUCAUCCAUUGUUGAAAUGAAUAUCAAUAUUUUUGUAUAUUUUUGUUUCCCCCACUUGGGGAUAAAGAUAUUAUAACUGUUAUGUUAAAGAAUUAACUAAAGUGAGUUGUAUAUUUGUUAUUCAUCACAACAUCUGAACUUGAAUUUGUUUUUCCCUGGUGGCUAAAUUUUUAUUUUGUUCAAAGUUGAAAAUUUAUAGAUAGGAAAUAUAUACAUCACUAUAUAUAUAAGAAAUGUAUACAUGUACAUCACUAUUUACAUACUGUAAUUCCUGAUCUCCUCUGUGACACUUGUUAAGGGAUCUUAUUUGUGUUGCUUAUUGGCGUUAGGCUAUUUAUGUUUUUUUUUUUGAACCUUGUACUUAUAGUGGUGUACUGAACUCAGUACCUUCAAUAAAUUUGUUAUUUACUCUGAGUUAUUUUAUUAGUGGAAAAUUAAUGUAUUUAUAUAGCUGUCAUAUUAGUAUCACCUCUGUUAGAAUAGCGACAUUACUAAAUGAUUGAAGUACAGUAUAAUUUGGAGCAUUUGUCAUGAUGACUGUUAUCUUAGAUAAAUGAAUAUUUUAUGUAUACAAGUAUCCUUUAUACUUUAAUGUUUAACAUAUUAGUCAUAAUAAAAAUACUUACACAAGUGUUUGUACAAUUUGACACAAACUUGACCUAUAUUUUCAUUGUUAUUAUUUAAUUAUCCAAUUUACUUUAUUAUUAAGGAUAUAUCUAGGUGUUUUUUCUUUUUAAAUCUCUGCUUUAUUUAUUUUACUUUUGUUUUUAAGCUAAUACAUCAUAAUAUUUUGUUGUGUUCUUUCUUUGGUAUACUAUAAAAGGAUGAUUUGAUAUGAGAGAGUGGUUUUACUAGAUUCUUACUGUCAUAUUAAGAUAAAUGACUGAUAGAACAGUGACUACUAGUGUUAUAGGUGUAAUCUGUAUACAUAUAAUUUUAAAAUUAUUUAUGAUUUGUAAUUUUAAAACUUUUAAAUGUAAAUUCUAUGUAUAUUUUUAAGCUUUGAAUGUUAUCUGAUAUUUCACAUGAAGAAUUCUUUGCUUAUUGUGUUGCACAUUGAUUUCUAUAAAUAUUGAACUGAGUGUCUAGCAUCAUGAUAUCAUUUGUAAGUUAUUUCCCUUUACUUACACAAACUUGCUUUAACUGGAGUUGUAUUUUUGCUGAAUGGUGAUUGUUGAUGAAAUAUGAAUUUACAAGAAUGGUAACAAUAAUUCUCUAGAUUUUAAGUUUAAUAAUAAAAUUACUGCAUUUAUAUGAUGUUAGAUGGGUGCGUGAAAUUUGUUUUGCGAUGUGUGAGUUUAGUUUGGCUUUGCUGUGUUUGAAUUAUAUGUAUGAAUGUUACAAAAAUGAAAUAAUGACACAAAACCUCAGAUUUAGAAGAAAGAUUUUUUUCCUCAAAAAUUAUUUUGGUCACAGUAUGAAUACAGUAUAAAAUUGCUUUAUAUAUGUGUGUGUGUGAGACUGGGGGAUUUAAACAUAUCUAUUGACAAGCAGCUUUUAAUAUUAUAUCCUUGUUCGCCUUUCAGAAGAGUAUUUUUUCUGUUUAAAUUUGGCACAAAAAUAAGAAACUAGUGUUCAAAUAUUACCCUUCCACCCCCCACCCCCACCCCCCAAGAAAUGCAGCAUUUUAUUGGGCAUUUUCUGGCAUUUAAUGUGAUUCAUUUUUUUCCAGAAACUUGUCACCACUGAGUGUUUUAAACUUAUCAUUAAAAAACAACAUAUGGAUUGAACACAUCACCAAUCUAUAAUUUAUUGAUUUAUUUCUAAUUUUGCUUUUUAGAAUAAAUUUAACUAGAUUAGCAUAAUUUUUCAUGUGCCCAUUUUUAUGCCUGUUCAUUUGAUCUCGGAUGUUAUUUUAAGUAUUGUCGUCAUUGGAAAUUAAAGUUGAGUUGGAUUUUGCUUUACUAUGUGAAAUGUGUACAAUGUAAGCUUUAGAGAUAGUAAAGAGAGGGGUGUUUUAACCUCACUCACUUUAUAAUGAUGGUGAAGGUCAUAUAAUGUAUACAUAAAUUCAGAUUAAAUGUUAGCCUCUUUUAAUGUGAACUAUUUUUGUUCCACUGAUUUUUUUCUUAUGGGAAGAAUAUAUCAAUAUAAGUACAUGUAGAAACAUUAACAACUUGGUGUAGAAAAAGUAGAAUAAUUAUUUUUCUCUUCGUGUGUGUGUGUAUCUGUGAAGUGUUAUCUUCUUUUGGCAAAUAAAAAGUAUUGCUGAA